UCGGCUAUUUAUCUUUAUCUUCAAGUUCAACUCACCUUCCUCCUCUGCCUCUGCCUCUGCCUCUGCCUCUCCUCCUCCUAUCAAAAUCGCACUCCUGAGUCCUUAUAUAUUCAUAUAUCAAAUUUUAGCAUCUUUAUUAAAUUAAAACUCACAGGCUCAAUUUCCCUCUCUCUCACUCACACAUAGAAACACGCUUAUAGGAAUCCUUUGUAUAAGAAUAAAUUUAGAAAGCUUGGAUUUAGGUUUCCAAAAAUAUGAUAUUUUGGUUUUAAACGCUAAAAUGCGCCUGCUUCGCUUAUCUACCUCUUUUUUUCUUCUUCUUCUUCUAUUCUUUUCUCGACUUUCCUGAUUUUUAGUUUUUAGGUUCUCAGUUUUUUUUUUUUCCCUUUCCUUCUUUAUUGUUAUUAUUAUUAUUAUUAUUUUGUGUUUUUUCUAUAUUAAAUUUUCGAACAUGGGAGCUAGGGUUUGGCAAAGGCGGAUCGCUAUGUUCUUCGUGCUUAUUAUAAUUUUAGGGAGUUCAAUUUCUGCGUCCGCCGCCGUCAACCCUAGCUGGGAUUUGAUGUGUCCAAGAGAGUCUGUUUUAGAUUCGAUCUUUGGAUUUCUAGAUCGAAGCUGCGUCGUUUUGCCAACUCCUAAUUCUCCAGGUUUCUUUGGUGUUACCGAGGGUGAUGAGGUUUCAUUACAAAAGGCACUGAACUUGGUUCACAAAAACAGCCAGAAACAUGCAGCUGUUCUCUUCUAUGCAUCUUGGUGCCCUUUCUCUAGGAGUUUUAGACCCAGCUUUUCCCUCCUUUCUUCUUUGUAUCCCUCAAUUGCUCAUUUUGCAAUUGAAGAGUCAUCCGUCAGGCCAAGCAUACUCUCAAAGUAUGGGGUUCAUGGAUUUCCAACUCUUUUCCUUUUGAAUUCUACCAUGCGAGAGCGUUAUCAAGGUUCCCGGACUCUGGGUUCUCUUGUUGCUUUUUAUACUGAUGUUACAGGCAUCAAGACUGUAUCAUUGAAUAAAGAAUCCCUUGACAAAAUUGUACGUCCAUCACAUCAUGAGAAGCAUGAGAACAAUGAGCAGGAAAACUGCCCAUUCUCAUGGGCAAGAUCUCCAGAGAACUUGUUUAGACAGGAAACAUAUUUGGCUCUGGCGACAGCAUUUGUGCUUGUGAGAUUGGUUUAUUUGUUUUUCCCUACACUGCUUCUAUUUGCUCAAUUUGCUUGGAGAAGGCACAUACAGAACUUGAGAUUGGGGAGCUUGUUGGAGCAUCCUCGGGCAUACCUGAAUGGAGUAAUGCAGGUUUUUAACUCUCUUAAGGAGCCCUGCAGGAAACGUAAUUUACAAGAAGGAGCAAUGAAUGCCAGGGCAUGGGCUUCAAAGUCCCUUGCUACAGUGUCAAUAGGGGAUGCAAGCACUAGUAGGGGUGCACCAAUUAGUGAAUAUCGCUGAACUUUUCUCUAACAUGGGAAUAGACACGUUUACAGGGGGUCUGGCUGUAAAGUCUAUUGCGCAAGAGGUUCAAUAUUCAGAAUCAUCUGGACGUCCCUGAUUACAGUUUAAUGUGAGGCCUAAUGUUUUGUGACAAUGUGAAAUAUGUUGACAUUGUAGGUUGGUUCCAUUUCUCAUGUGUUCAUACGUUUUAGCUUACAAUUUAUUCUUCCGUUUACGAAAGCAAUAAUUGAGAUCCAAUUUGUGUAUAUAUCAUAACUGAGACUUGAUGCGCCCAGGCUCAUCCAUUAUGCUUUAAUUCUUGGUGAUUGGAUGCUUCUUAAUCUACUGUUUAGUGGAUGUUUA